CUUGCAUUUAUCGAAGAGGUUAUCGUUCCUCGCAGUGAUAAUAUAACAGAAAAAGAUGAAAAACUACGAGAUCAAUCAACUGGGAAUCAGAAAAUUCACUCAACCUGCGCGACAUUUCCAGUUGACUGUGUCAAUAUGCCAGCUACUACCGGAGAAAGAUGGACAGACAUAGUAUCGACUAGAGUUGAAGAUCAGGUACUUCAGCUGGCAGCAGAAGUUGGUCGAACGGAUUUGGAUCGUGAGAACACAAGAGCUUCAACCAUAAAUGCACUUUACGGACGCUUUAAUAAGUCGCUGAUCCCCAAUAUUACAUCGCGUAAUUGUGGUAAUGAAGGUGACAUAUAG